UACGAUUUUUAUGAUUUAUUAAGAUUUCAGAUUUAUAAAGUUUGUUAAUGGUAAAGAAUGGUUGAUAUCCUAAUUAGACCCUGGAUUGUAGAUUUCUUCACAAUAGUUUACUACAGCCUGCUGUACUGUACUGGACUUUACACAGUAUCUAUUUACUUUCUAUUGAUGCAGUACAUUUCAACCCAGACAUCUGUACAACCAACAGGAGUCGUUUUUGUAUAAAGGAAGGAGUUCAGAUGCGUGAAGCAUGAUGAAUUUAUCAGAUGAAGAGGAAGAAGCUCUACAUUGUGCUAGGUCUCAAACUCUUCCAGACAUCAAAAGAUUAAACGGCAGCCAUGCUUCAGCUUGGUCUGAAGAAUCUCAGGGUGUUGAAACCAAGGUUGGAAGAGCCUGGAUGGAUAUGCUGGAUUUAGAACAAAAUACCCUCGUAGAACGAGUUCAUCAUUUAGAGAAAAAAGUUGAACUUCAGCAAGACGAAAUAUCCUGCCUCAAGGCUACCCUUGCUGAGUGUAUCAGAAGAAUUGGUUCCAUUGAGACCUCUAAAGAAAAGGUUGAUCUCAGUCCUGCUCCAGACUCCGCAGUAUCUAGGAUACCACAGAGAACCCUUACCCAGGUGAUAGUACGAAGAGAUGGUGUAUCCAGUAGACCAACCAAUUCAAAUAGAAAUCUGGAACCAGGCACAGACAUUAAAACUCCCAAACUUCACCAGAGAAAAGGGAACUCAAUUGGAUGCCGCGCAAAUGGUUCUCUUGGUCGUCUUCACAAACAGUGGAGAUCCUCGAAUGAUUUUGAUGCGCCCUUAUCAGUUUACAAAAGACCAGGAACAGGAUCUUCACUAAGCUUCAGAUCACCUUCAUCCACUCCGUGUUCAUCUACACCGUACUCAGCCACACCAUACUCCUCACAACAUAAUCUCAACAGGCUUGGCAUUCCUCCAUCCGGCCCUGUUUGUUCUGAAGAUGGGUCCAUCAGUAUCUCAAUAAAAGGUCGCCAGGCAGUUAUUCCCCAACCUUCUUCAAUUCCAAUUUCAUAUAUUCCAGAUGGAAUAAAUCCUCCACCUUCAAAACAUCUCAGAUUGGAGUGGGUGUAUGGAUACAGGGGACGAGAUGCCCGAUGUAAUCUCUCAAUCCUUCCAACCGGAGAAAUUAUUUAUUAUGUAGCAGCAGUUGUUGUCCUUAACAAUUUACAAGAACAGUUGCAACGACAUUAUUUAGGUCAUACAGAGGAAAUCAAAUGCAUAGCAAUUCAUCCAAAUAGAAUGAUUGUAGCCUCAGGGCAAGGACCUGGUGUUUAUAAAAGAGAAGGGGAUCCUCAUAUCCAGGUUUGGAAUGCUGUGAGUCUACAAACUCUUCAUAUACUGGGUAGAGGAGAUUCUAGAAGAGCUGCUACAGCACUAUCCUUCUCUAAGACGGAUGGAGGAAUAUGGUUGGUAGGAGUAGAGGAUACUGCAGAAAACAAUAUAACUGUCUGGGAUUGGAGCAGAGAACAUAAACAAAUCAACACCAAGUGUUCCAGUGAAACAACGGUUUGUGCAGAAUUCCAUCCAUUGGAGGAAGGUGUCAUCAUUACUUGUGGCAAAGGUCAUGUGAAUUAUUGGCAGAUUGAUUCAACCCUGACUUCAUUAAGCCGAAGAUCAGGUGUACUGGAUCCAAGAGAUAAACCGAAAUUCUUUACUUGUCUUCAGUUCUCAAGUUCAGGUGAUUUGUUGACUGGAGAUUCCAACGGAAACAUAUUUGUUUGGGGCAACAGAGGAACAGUUGUAACACAGGCGAUUUGGGACGCUCAUGAUGGUCCUGUUUUUUCGCUCUGUGUUCUCAGAGAUGGAACUAUUCUUUCAGGAGGAGGACGAGAUGGAAGAAUAGUUAAAUAUGACUCAGAGUUGAAAUCUCCAGUUGGAGUAGAAGCAGUUGUUCCAGAACAUCUGGGAGCUGUUAGGGUCAUAUCUCAGGGAGUGGGAAGUCAAGUACUUGUUGGUACAACGAAAAAUUGUAUACUGGCCGGUACACUUGACCUAGGGUUCAGAGAGGCCGUGCUGGGUCACUCUGAUGAGGUAGCCUGUCUGGCUGGUAGACAAGGAACUGGACAGUUCAUAACAGCAAGUCAUGACAGAAUGCUUUAUAUCUGGGACAGCAUGAGCUUUUCUCCUGUAUGGACCAGCAAUGUUGGAGAGCAGAUUCAGUCUGGAGCUUUUUCUCCUGAUGGGGAGAUAAUUGUCGUGGCAACCAUUACAGCAAAAUGGAUUAUUAUAGAUGCAAGAACAAGAGAGGUGCGAAGUAUAACUCAGGAAGGUUGUGAUCCUCUCCUAGCGGUCAAAUUUUCACCUUGCGGUCACAUGUUGGCUCUUCUUGCCCGAACUGCACUUUUCCUUUAUCAGGUGAAAGAUGGAUAUAAUAGAUUUGAACGACGAGGAAGGUUUGCUUGUGCUCAGUCGGCUGCAUUCACCUCUAUGUCCUGGUCCAUAGAUUCACAAUAUAUUCAGGUGACCAACUCUGAUUUUGAGAUCAAUAUCUGGAAGCUAUUUAGUGAUCAUGACAAAAACAAAAAAGGCCAGAACAAGAUAAAAACAGAAAAUAUUACAUCUCCAAGGAAAAAAUCAAAUCCUUCAAAAGAGGAUACAUAUCAGGAAAGAUCUAAAGAAGCAGAAAAGAAUGCUAGCAGAACAAGUUUAAACCUGGUCACUCCACGAGGAACUUCUCCACAUGACUCCAUAGAAGAAAGAUCGGUAUCAGAUUCAUUAGCAGAUAAAUAUCUCAAUGAUUCCCUAGGAGAUAGAGAUUCUAAGGAUCUUGAAGUAGAUUCCUUGGCUGAUAGAUCUUCUAGAGAUUCCCUUGAUGAAAAAUCAUUCAAGGAAACACAGAUAGAAGAAAUUACAGCGUAUGCACUGGAAAAUGUUAUUAGAAUUAGGGAUUUGAAUGGAAUCAGGGAUGUGAAAUGGGAGUCAGGAGACUGCCUGCUGACCUGGAGUAGUAUAGGGGUGUGGCAGGUUCUCGACAAUGGUUGUGAAAAUACAGUAGGGUCUGUAUCUUAUGAUGGAUCUCUUCUAGCUGUAGGAGAGGAAGGAGGGAGAAUACGGGUUUAUAGGUAUCCAGCAGAUAAAACGGUGUGCAAAUAUAUACAAGCUCAAGCCCACAGUGGGCCAAUUACAGGAAUUAGAUUUAUACCUGGAACCUCUAGACUGAUAUCUACAGGGGGACGGGAUACUGCUGUUCUCCAGUGGAUUAUAGAAACAUAAACAAAUAUUUAUCAAAACAUUUUUUUUUCAUUUUUCUUUGUCAUUUAAAUAUCAUGGUAUAUUGUGCAUUGUAGGUCAAACAUUUGAUUUUUCUUUUGAUUUGUAAAUUUAUUUUUGUAAAUAUAAAAGUUUAAACGUUG